AUGCAGCACGGGCGCAAGGAUGAGACGUACUACACGGACAUGGACCGCAGGGCGCUGCACGGGGGUCCAGGCGAGGGCGCCGGGCGGGCAGUUCCAGAGAGAGCGUGCAUCCCGGAAGCAGAGGCGAAGCCGGCGCUGAGUCCGGAGGAGGAGGAGGUGGAGCGGCACCGCGAGGAGAUCAAGCGCAGGCUGGAACAGAAGAUGCGGGAGAUGUACGGCAUGGGGCAACAGCAACAGGAGCAGCAGCAGCGGCAGGGGCACGGCGCGCGGCCCGCGCCCCCGGACGGCAAGGGCCGCGCGCGUCGCGAGCGGGCGGCGGACCAGGCGGACGCGCGGCUGCCGCGCGGGAGCCGCUGGGAGCGGCACGAGCUCGCGUGGGCGCUCUUCGAGAAGGAGUGGGGGGGUGAUGCGAGCCAGGGGGGGUCUCUCGCGUACGACGACAUUCCGUGGCCGCCGAAGCACGACGGCAUGGUCGAGGGCGUCGCGGCGAUGCUGUCCGGCGGGGACGGCGGGGCCGCGAACCCCAAGAAGGCCGCCUUCAAGCUCCUGAGCCUACGGUGGCACCCGGACAAGUUCCUGGGCAAGUGGGGGGGCAAACUGGGCGAGGGCGACAAGGAGCGCGUGCUAGAGCGGGUGAAGGAGGUGUCGCAGGAGGUGAACACGCAGUUCAGGGCGAUGCGGUGA